AUGGCUCCCACACCUUACGCUCGCCGUUUGAACAGACUUCGCAGGAAGAACAAGCCGGCCACGCCUGUGCAGGAAGCUUUUAUUGCACAGCAGGCCAAAAAUCGAGCUCAAGCAGGCAAAGCGUCCCAAGCAUUGUUUCAGGCGAACGUUGCGAAGAAGCAGGACCCUGUUGAUGAUCAAGCAGAUUGGUUCAAUAUUCCAAUGGACGAGGAAGACGAAGUCCAUGAUAAUCAUCCGCCAGAACAUCGUCAUCCCGAAUUGGAAGAGGACGAGUAUGAACUUCUGGCGCAAAUAGCUCGGGCUCAAUAUGAUGCAAAACGAUUAGAAAAGACAAAACGAUGGAUGAAGCAAUGUGAAAACAUGCUACCAUCUUUCUUGCGUGGGCGUCAAUUAACAUCAGAAUGGGGUGAUGUCUUGAAUCGGUUCAAUGUUGUCCUGAAACGGGCUGAGGAAGCGCAGAAAGAUUUGGCUAAUAUUGAGUCAAAAAACCCAACUUUCAACCUGGAGUACAUCAAACACCAGUGGGCUAGACAAAAAGAAAUGCAGGCCCGAAUCAUCAGUGAGACCGCUGCUGAUAAACGGGAGCAAAUUCUGGUGUUAAUAGAGCUCGAAGAGGACGUGUUGGAGGCUCGGGGCAGACUGGAAGACAUAUCUGCAAAACGGCCUCGGAUGCGGACCGGUGCUGAGCGAGCGGAGCUCCUUGAUCUGCCUCGGUCAUUGAUAGCCCUCGAGCAGAAAGUGCAGGACUUGGCAGAUGAAUUAGGAUCUGACGAGUUCUUACGACUGACAGGGACGUCGGGCAAUGAGCUGGACGAGGCUAGGCUCAUAUACUUGGGCCUAGUCCGUUCUUCUGGCCGGUUAUGGAUGAUAUGGAACAAUGGCUUGAGGAGCAUGCUGGAAAGUACAUCGACGUACUUUUCCAACAGUGGAAAUAUGGAUGCGGCCCUUCUCAUCGGAUGGGAGGAGAUGCGUUUAAAGAGCGCGAUGGAAUGGGCAGCAAUAACAAAUCUUCCGAGUUUGAUUGCUGAGGCUGAGGAAGAUGAAGAGGAUCUUGAACAUGAAUUAGAUGAUGAAGACAUAUUUUAA